AAUUAUGACAUAGACAAUAAAGAUAGUAGAGACAAUUAUGACAUAGACAAUAAAGAUAGUAGAGACAAUUAUGACAUAGACAAUAAAGAUAGUAGAGACAAUUAUGACAUAGACAAUGAAGAUAACAAUGACGAUAGUAGAGACAAUUAUGACACAGACAAUAAAGAUAGUAGAGACAAUUAUGACAUAGACAAUGACGAUAGUAGAGACAAUUAUGACAUAGACAAUGACGAUAGUAGAGACAAUUAUGACAUAGACAAUGAAGAUAACAAUUAUGACAUAGACAAUGAAGAUAGUAGAGACAAUUAUGACAUAGACAAUGAAGAUAGUAGAGACAAUUAUGACAUAGACAAUGAAGAUAGUAGAGACAAUUAUGACAUAGACAAUGAAGAUAGUUGA